CACUUUCACUUUGAUUUGCAUGAUUUAGAGUUUUUAAAGAACACAAAAUCACCUGUUUUCUUCUUCUGUUCUUGUCAGAUCUGUUUGUUGCAUGGAUGGAUCCUUCAAGCAGACAAUAUCAGGAGAUGUCUAACCCUUCAAUGGCAAACAUGGUGGUUACCACAAAAGGAAAUGAACAACAAGAGAGGAGACCAAGGCCACAACCGGAUCAAGCUCUCAAGUGUCCAAGAUGUGAUUCCACCAACACCAAGUUCUGUUAUUACAACAACUACAACCUGUCUCAGCCAAGGUACUUUUGCAAGUCAUGUAGGAGAUAUUGGACCAAAGGUGGAACACCGAGGAACGUUCCGGUCGGUGGAGGCUGUCGGAAAAACCGAAGAUCGUCGUCAUCAAAGAGGACCCGAGAUCAACCAUUAACACCCAACACCACCCUCCCACCUUUGACCUAUGACACAAAUGACCUCAGCUUAGCCUUUACCAGGCUCCAAAACCAAGCCAAUGUGAACUUAGGGUUUGAUGCUAAUGAACUUUCCAUGCUUGGAAACCCUAGGGACCUCGUCUUCACCGCGAAACAGAACGAUUUUCAAGGCUUUAAUAACUACGUGAGCUUGGGGGAGGUCGACAAUGGCGAUGGAACUGUGUCCGGUGUUAGUAAUGGCAUGAUGACGGUGUUGCCGUAUAACAACGACGACGACGACAAUGCUGCAACAACAACGACAUCGGAUGUGACGGUCGCGACAAUGAAACAAGAAUUUUUUAAUAACGGUGAACACAAUGAGGAGCGGUCCGCGUUAUGGGAUCUGCCAUGGCAACUCAGUGGUGGCCAUGGGAGUUACAACAUGGCUGAGCUUGACUCGGGAAGAGAAAGCUGGGGUGGACUCAGUUCAUCUUGGCAUGGACUCCUUAAUAGCCCUCUAUUGUAGAAACAGUGGAAUGCUUU